UCACACAGUUUCUGAUCUCUCUGUCAUUUCGGUCUUGUGCGUUUUGUGUACGUUCGUGGUUUUCACGUUUCGUGUUCAAUCGUUCAUUUCUUCAACUAAUUCUUCCGAUUCAUCCACUCUUUUGAAAUCGUGACACAUCAUGGGUAAACCUCGUGGUAUUCGUACGGCCCGUAAACAUGUAAACCAUCGUCGUGUCCAAAAGUGGGCCGACAAGGACUACAAAAAGGCACAUUUAGGAACAAGAUGGAAGGCCAAUCCUUUCGGAGGAGCUUCUCACGCCAAGGGAAUUGUUUUAGAAAAAGUUGGAGUUGAAGCCAAACAGCCUAACUCUGCUAUCCGUAAGUGUGUCCGUGUACAACUUAUCAAGAAUGGAAAGAAAAUCACCGCUUUUGUACCUAGAGAUGGUUGUUUAAAUUAUAUUGAAGAAAAUGACGAAGUUUUGGUAGCAGGUUUCGGGCGAAAAGGUCAUGCUGUGGGAGAUAUUCCCGGGGUUCGUUUCAAGGUUGUCAAAGUAGCAAAUGUUUCAUUACUCGCUUUAUACAAAGAAAAGAAGGAGAGACCUAGGUCUUAAAUACAUAAUAUGUGUAUUUUUAUUUUUUUGAAUAAUUAAAAACAAAAUAUUUAAAAAGUGAAA